AUUCAGAAUUAGAGCUCAGAUUUAGCAAUUCACCUAUUUGUCUAAGAGUCUCUCUCUCGAGAGAAAGAGAGAGAAUGGAUAGUGUGUUUUCUGUGGACGACAUUGCAGACCAGCUGUGGUCAUCGCCGCCGCCGAUGCGGUUGUCUCAUGAAUUGGAUUCGUCUUCCACCACGUCGUCGUCGAAGAUGAUGAACAGGAGCUCGUCGGAAUGGGCUUUUCAGCGAUUCCUUCAAGAGGCCACCGCCGCCGACACUACUACUUCCUCGUCUUCUUCGCAGCAGAUCAAGGAUCAGACGCUUAAUCAGAAUUUAAUCGCUGAUCAACCGAAGCCGCCUAUGUCCAAUACGGCAUCCUUUGGCUCCGAACCUCCUCCGAAUAUUCCGAUAGAAUCCGAUGAAUACCAAGCUGUCCUCAAAAAACGCCUUGAUUUGGCUUGCGCCGCCUUCGCUUUGACUCGUGCCAACUGUGUAAAACCUCAAGAUUCAGUUUCUUUGCCAUCCGAAAAAGGAUCACUGUCGGCUACUGCAUCACAAUCUGGAUCUCAGGUUCCUCCAAAAGGAUUUGGACAGGAAUUGGCAAAAGUUCAAGAUAAGGAUGCUGAUGAGCCAGUUGGAAUACCCCCUUUGCCUGCAGUGCAGAAGAAACCUGGGAUCCAGGUAAGGUCAACAACAAGUGGUUCAUCCGGGGAGCAAUCAGAUGAUGAUGAAGCUGAAGGAGAAACAACUCAAUCAACGGAUCCAACUGAUGUGAAACGAGUGAGGAGGUAAUACAGUUUGCAACUUCAUUUUUGUCAC